AUGCCAUAUUUUCUUAACAGUAAAGUUAUCUAUAAAGUAGCCAGUCUUAAGAUGAACUCCACAAAUGACCCUGUACCAGAAGAAACCAGUAAACCAUCAGGCAGUGGCAGGACCCUUGCUUUGACUGUGUGCUCUGCAGCCAUUGGAGGGACCUUCCAGUAUGGCUACAACAUCUCAAUCAUCAAUGCUCCUACCAGCUACAUCCAGGGCUUCAUUAAUGAUACCUACGUGGAGCGCUGGGGCACAAGCUUGGACAUCCCUCAGGUGACCCUUGUGUGGACUCUGAUUGUAUCAGCGUUCUCACUGGGAGGUUUGCUUGGUGCGCUAUUAGCAGGGCCUAUGGCAGUCCACUUUGGGAGAAAGAAGUCUCUGCUUCUGAACAACUCCUUCCUGUUUGUUGGCGCUGGGCUUGUGCUAACGUGUGAGCUGGCGAAAUCAUUUGAGAUGAUCAUCCUUGCACGACUUCUGGUGGGGAUGAACUCAGGUGUAAGUAUGAACAUCCAGCCUAUGUAUUUUGGAGAAAGUGCCCCCAAACACCUCAGAGGUGCUGUGGCUUUUUCCUCUGCUGUUUUCACUGCAUUUGGGAUUUUCCUGGGUCAGGUUGUGGGUCUCACUGAGCUGCUGGGCACAGAGCCUCUCUGGCCCUAUUUACUAGCUAGUAAUGCUCUGCCGGGGUUGAUACAGCUGUUUACCCUACCCUGGUUCCCUGAAAGCCCCAGAUACCUACUCAUUGACCGGGGUGACAGGGAAGCAUGUGUCCGGGCACUUGGGAGACUCCGUGGUGGGGAGGCUCCUGUCUUGGAGAUGGAGGAGAUGCUUCAGGAGCAGCAGCAGCAACAAUCAACAACCUUAAAUUCUGGAUCUGCAGCUGCCAAAACACCCUGGUCCCUAUUUAAGGAUCGUGACCUGCGAUCCCAGCUCAGAACAGUCAUGGCCGCCAGUAGUGCUAUGAUGCUCUGCGGCAACGACUCCAUCUACUUCUAUGCUUCGUACAUCUUUCUUGAAGCUGGGAUCCCUCCAGAGAAAAUCCAGUAUGUCACCAUUGGCACAGGGGCAUCUGAGCUUACUGCUUCUAUACUGAGUAAUCUUCUGAUUGAACGUGUGGGCCGCAGGUACCUUCUUGUUGGAGGCUACAGUCUUAUGUCUUGCUGGACUGUAGUCUUCACUGUAGCCCUCACCCUCCAGAGCCAUGGGGUGGCAGGGAUGCCCUAUCUCAGUAUGGCAUGCGUAUUCGCCUACAUCCUUAGCUUUGGCUUGGGCCCUGCAGGGGUGACAGGGAUCCUACCAGCUGAGAUCUUUGACCAGGCAGCUCGCCCGGCAGCGUACAUGGUCGCUGGCUCUCUUAUGUGGAUCAGCCUGUUCUUGGUAGGAAUGUUGUUCCCCUUCAUCGUCAGCAGCUUGGGGAAUUUCUGUUUCCUGCCUUUCUUGGCUGUGUGUUUGGUUUCUGCUGUGUUUCUGGGGCUCACCUUACCAGAGACUAAAGGCAAGUCGCUGGCUGAGAUUACUGCAGAGUUUGGUAGAAAAAAUGAAAUGAGGAAAGAGAGGCAGGUGAAUGAGCCCAUUGUGGAUCACUACCAACUAGGUGCAGCUAGCUCCUUCACUACCCUAACACAAGAUCCCAGCCCCAGCCAUAAGAACGGGGACUGAAACUUAACAAUGGCCAAUAAAAGUUCAUUAGUACUCUAGUACUGAAUAUGGCCUUAAUGCCUUAUCAAAGAGUGGUAUUCAAGUGUCCACACAAUCUCCAGUGAUAUAGAACACUAGGAGGUUAACUGUAAUUUUCAAAACCAUCCCAUCUCCCUCUCAUUCAGUACACCCCUACAUAAUCGGUUAAAAAGCAAUGUGAUUUGCAUUAUUAUUGUAAGCUGAAAAGAAACAUUCCCGGAUCUUCACAAAACAACUGAAUUUACAUUAGCUCAAUCUGCUGUUGUUGUUUAUUGUUCUGAUUUUUUUUCGUCAUAAACAUGACUUUGUGCCAAAGUUUUGAUCAACAUUUGGUAUUAUUGUACCCUUUUAUGAGUUUAUUGGUAAGAAUGAAAUUCACAUUACAGCAUACAGGAAAUAGUCUGAUCUGAAACCUGCUGUAGUCUCUCCUUGCCUGUCACUGUGAAACCUGCAGUCCUGUGGUACCUACCUCCAAUAAUCAUCGUGUCAGUCGUGAUGUGUGUUUGUGAUGUCAAGGAAGCAGCCAAGACAAUCAUAUACUUCAAAUUUAGCCUCAUAACCCACAUUCAUAUCCACUCAAACUCUCUGCAGGUCUUUACAGUAACAGAGGUGUUUGCAGUAGAUUGGGUAAUCAUUUGAAUUGCAUGUAUUAAAGGAUUACCCACCCUAAUUCAACACCUCUGGACUGGGUAGAUAACGGUGCUUGUUUAUUGUGUAAUCUGACUUUAUUCUGUGUUUUGUUGACAUUUCUGUCCAGUUCAGUGAUCCAUGUUUGUGUACAUGUUCCCAUUGACUGAUCCAAGUGGAAAUAUUGACUCCAAACUCUGGCAGAUUUAGUGUCAUGUUCCACUUGGUUAAUUUUACAGGAUAUGAAGCAUCUGUAGUCUGAGUUAUUUUAUUUUAUUUUUUGUUAUUUAUGCAUCAACUGGACUGUAUGUGUAAUUUAACUAUAUUAGUUAGACUCCCCUGUCACAUUUAUCUGCACGAAUGUCCAUCAGGACAUUUAUUCAUUUCCUGAAAACCUGUGGUGCUACUAACAGCAGGCAUGACAGCAAUGUGACUACUGUUAGAACAUUUUCUGUAUACUCCAGUGUUGAAUUUAUGGAUGCAGUGCCUAAAAUCAUCCAGUAGGUGUCACCAUUGUCACUGUUCUUGGCUUGCUUUCUUUUAUGUAUUCAAAUAUACCCAAUGUAUAAUAUAGAAAUGAAUCACAGAUGUAAACCCCCAAGUGAAGAUGACACUUUUAAAUCCAACAGCUGUCAGCUCACAACCCCUCCAAACCUUCUGUUGACCAUCUGUCAUGGCCUCCGCAUGUUUCCUUCAUCAGUCUGAGUUAUUUGAUUUUUUUUCCUAGAAUAGCAGAUAUUUCUUAUUUUACAUUUAAGAUGCUUUUGGUAUGAAGAUUAUAAGAGGGAAAUGCAGAUGGAAUAAAACAUUAUUUUUUAAAUAUGUAAUUCAAAUCAACCUUUGAUUUCUUGGAAACUUCACUUUUAAUGCUGGAUGUCAGGUUUAAAAAAAAACCAAAAACAUACUGUUGUAGCAUGUCAAAGGUGCUGUGCACUGACUGGAAUGAAAUUACUAUUAUUGUAUGACAUGGUCUAACCAAAGCAUGUUAUGAUAGGAAGGGGAAAAAAAUACACUAUGUAAUGCUCAGGCUGUAUUUUGUAAUUAUUGAAUAUAUUUAUUUUUCAUGCUGUAAAAAAUUGCAGUUAUUAUUGAUUGUAUUUAUUCAAUCCAAAAUAUUACUCUAUGCACAAUAAUAAAAAACGAAAGUGCUGA